AUGGACGACGACUGGGACGAUGCUGCGUGGGCCGAAGCCGCGCUCGCGGUCGAGCGCGUCGAGCAGACGCAUGUCGUAGCCGCUCCUCUGUCUGCGGCUCGCGCGCCAGCCCAAGAUACGGGCUGGUCGUGUCCUCGAUGUACCUUGCGCAACCUGCCCGACACGGCAACGUGCGGUGUGUGCAUGUAUCGGCGCAUCGGUCAUGCGCCACCAAAGAUGGCGACGACGACAGCGACCAGCUCGAUGGCGUCGUGGCUCGGUGUCGCCAAGCCAUCUCCUCCUCCCGUCGCCGCGCCCGUCGCCCGACCACCCGCGCCCCGACCCCAGCCACCAGCACUGCCCGUCGUCGUAACGCCCGUCCGACAAGGCGCCGCGACGCCAUCGCGCCAGCCGACACCAACCACGACACCAUCGCGACAGGCACAAGCCUUGCCCACGACAUCGUCGCUACCUCGUCCCGCGCCUCGCCCGUCUCCGCCGCCGCUGCGCCUUGUGGCCGAGCCAUUAUGUCUCCCAGAAGAAGACGUGGUCAUGGGCGCGGCCAUCGACCGCGACCUGGCGACGCAUUGGAUCUACCCGAGCAACUACCCCGUGCGCACGUACCAGCAGACGAUCACGCGCGCGGCCUUGUUCCAAAACACGCUAGUGUGUCUCCCGACCGGUCUCGGCAAGACGCUCAUCGCUGCGGUCGUCAUGUACAACUACUAUCGGUGGUUCCCGAGUGGCAAGAUCGUGUUCAUGGCCCCCACCAAGCCGCUCGUGAGCCAGCAGAUUGAGGCGUGCCACAGCGUGAUGCCGAUCCCGCACGACGACAUGGCCGAGCUCCAAGGCAACGUGCCGCCGGCGCGCCGCAAGCAGCUCUGGGCGCAGAAGCGCGUCUUCUUCUGCACGCCGCAGAGCAUGCAGAACGACAUUGAGCGCGGGAACUGCGACGUCUCGUCGUUCGUGUGCGUGGUCGUCGACGAAGCGCACCGCGCGACUGGCAACUACGCGUACACGGUGGUCGUCAAGGCGAUCGCGUCGAAGAUCUCGGGGUUUCGCGUGCUCGCGCUCUCGGCCACGCCAGGCGCUAAGUUCGAUGUGAUCCAAGAAGUCAUUUCGAAUCUGCGCAUUUCGCACAUUGAGUGCAAGUCGGGCGACGACCCUGACGUCCGGAAAUACACGCACUCGCGCCAAGAAGAAAUCAUCAAGUGUAAAAUGACCGGCGAAGUGUCGAGCGUGCGCGUCCAGUUUCUCAAGCUCUUUCAGCCCAUCUUGCAUCGCUUGUGCACGAGUCAAUUGUUUCAUAUCCGCGACCCCGACAAGCUCACGCGGUGGGUCAUCGUCUCGGCCCGGGACCGCAUGCGGGCAGGACCGCAGCCGCCGCGGUACCGAACGGCCGAAGUCGACUUCGCACUCCUUGCCAGUCUUUUGCACGGGCGGGACGUGCUGACCACGCAUGGCAUUGGCAACUUCAAGUCGUACCUUGACAACUUUAUGAGCGAGCGCGUGACGGGCCCCAAGAAGAACCUCGUCGAGUCGGCCGACUUUCAGACGCUGCGGACGCUCGUCGACGCGCAGGCAGGUGGCGGGGGAAGCAGCAACAACCCCAAACUGGCGCAGCUCCAGAACGUGCUGCAAGAGCAUUUCGCCCGGCACAGCGCGGGCAACUCGAGCACGCGCGCGAUUGUGUUUACGCAGUACCGCGAAUCCGUGAACGAGAUCGUUGCGCUUUUAACGCCGCUCGCACCGCUCAUCAAGGUGCAGGCGUUCGUGGGCCAAGGUGCGGGCAAGGGCAAGGAAAAAGGGCAGACGCAAAAGCAGCAGCAGGCGAUCGUCACCAAGUUUCGCGACGGCGACUGCAACGUGCUGGCGGCCACGUGCAUUGCGGAAGAGGGCCUCGACAUUGGCGAGGUCGACCUCAUCGUGUCGUUCGACUGCCUCACGUCGCCCGUCCGCAUGAUCCAGCGCAUGGGGCGCACAGGCCGGAAGCGUGUCGGCCGCGUUGUCUUGCUCGUGACGGAAGGCGAGGAAGAGAAGAAGCUCGAGCGCAGCGUCGCGUCGGCCAAGGCCGUGAACCGAUCGCUGACCAUCUUCAAGGACAAGUUCAAAUAUGUCGCGGGCCCGCGCAUGGUACCGCGGGGCAUCCAUCCGGUCAUCACCGAGAGCCAAAUGGUCGUGCCGACGUUCCAGGCGUCGCUGAUUGGCGGGAAAAAGUCCAAGCGACCAACGCCAGUCGCCGACGACGACCUCUGGCGCCUUACUGAGAGCGAGCAGCAGGCCGUGGGCUUUCGCUUCGGCCGAAACGUCGCGGCUCGGCGGCCUCCCAAUGUGCUGACGCCGAGGCGUCUCCAUCUUGCGUCGCGGCCGCACCACUUUGGCAAGUCGCAACGUGCGCGCUGCUAUCUCCAACUGCUACACUGCGUUGCUGGCGAGAGGCUCACGGACAUGGACUUUGACGUGCGCAUGGACCGUGCCAGCGUCGCGCUCUCCCAGCCGCCACCACUGUCGCUAACGCCAAGUUCGCCACCGAUGCCGCCAAGCGCGACCAGGAUCACCUCCUCGCAAGUAUCGACCGCGCAACCCCAGAUCAUGGUCUAG